AUGGAAAAAUUGAAGGAGGAGAAGGUCUCGGAGUCGGACACGAUCCAGAUCCCAGCUGAUGUCCUUAUAGAUAUAUUCUCUCGAAUCCCGGCAAAGUCAAUAGCUAGGUUACGUUGCGUAUCUAAAUUAUGGAGAUCCAUACCUGUCCUUCCUGGUUUCACUGAGCUGUUCCUCACCAAGUCUUUGCCUCGUCCACGUCUCUUGUUCGCCGUCGUAGUUAACGGAGACUUAUUGUUCUUCUCUUCACCUCAACCUCAGAAUCCAGCUUACAACUCUUGUCUUGUAGCCACCCGUUACAAGUGUUUUCCCUCACAUCAUCCAUCUGUAAUAUGUCCUCCGCUCCGUGGAUUAGUAUUUCAUCGUGGAACGGCAGGAAAGGAGCGGGUGAUCUGUAAUCCCGCCACGGGAGAGUCCAUAACCUUACCAGAAGUGAAAGCCAAGUGUAUUAGUGGGGAAAACUUUUUUGGGUAUGAUCCCAUCAACAAACAGUUCAAAGUCUUGUGUAAGAUCUUGUCACGUCAUGGAGGAGGAGGAGCCAAUACUCAUCGGGUUUUGACAUUGGAGACUGGAAAACUUAUAUGGAGAAGGACGAUGGAAUGCAAACCCCAUUCUGAUAGAUAUGGUGAAAUAUGCAUAAAUGGUGUUUUGUAUUACGGAGCUCACAUUAAGGGAUCUUGUGUGAUAGUUUGUUUUGACUUCUGCUCUGAGAAGUUCAGCUUUGUUAAGAUACAUGAAGAAAUGUCAGAUGGGACUCUGAUCAACUACAAAGGUAAAUUAGGGGUAUUAUUAGUAAAACAUGGGUGUGAAGUUGUGUUGUGGGUUCUAGAAGAAGAUAGUGGAAAACAGAUAUGGUCGGACAAAGGUAUAAGCGUAGGGUUAAGCUCAUACGGCGAGAUCGGGAAAGAUAUUCACAUUGUUGGAAUGACUGAAGCUGGUGAAAUUGUGUUUUCGCCGUACAGUCAAUCAAACCCUUUCUAUCUUUUCUACUUCAAACUCGAGAGCAACACUUUUACAAAAGUCAAUAUUCAUAUGCAGGGGUUUGAAGAGUUUAAGGAUCCAAAUAUCAGUCCUCACAUCUUUCUAGACUAUGCAGAGAAUAUGAAGCGUUUGCAAGUGUGCUCAGAACACGGCUGCUUUUGCAAGUGUGCUUCGUAA